UGCCCGACUCUCCGGAGCGUUCCGGCGGCUCCCUGGCGGCCCUGGGUGCUGCGGCAGCCGCCGGUUGCGAGCCACGGUUACCAUGACUCUGUCCCUCUCCGUCAAAGGGACUGGAGCAGGGAGCGUCCUGUGGGCGCAGCCCCAGCCCCGCCGCCUGCGCUCAGGGCGCGGUGCCUCUGCCCUGCUCAGUGCAGCUCAGGCUCCCUCCCCAGCCGCCGCGCUCGCGGCUCCUGCUGCCGCUGCCCGGCUCCUCCACGCCCGCCCGGCUCCUCGGGGGAAGGACCCAGCCAGCCGGAGCCGCCACCGCACAGGGAGGUGAUUGCUGAAUUCCUUUUAUGCUGAGAGGUGUCAGAGGCAUGAAGGUAUCACUCCACCAAGAACACAAGUCCAUCUGCCCUGAGGAAACAGGAAAAGAGUACUCUUGCUGGAGUGUCUAAGGGAUGUGAAGUUAGCUUCCAAGAUGACUCUUUUAACAGGAGAAAAUUCUGAUUAUGACUAUAGCGCCCUGAGCUGUGCUUCGGAUACCUCCUUCAACCACACGUUCUUUCCGGAAACAGAAACCCUCAAGGGAGUCUUUUACCAAAGAGCCAAGCUAAUUCACCCUGAAGAGGAUCUCUUUAAAAGCAUUCACCCUGAGGACCGGAAGCAUCAUAUCAUCAUAAAUGUAGGGGGCAUUAAAUACUUGCUGCCCUGGACCACACUUGAUGAGUUUCCCCUGACGCGCUUGGGCCAAUUGAAAUUUUGUAAUAAUUUUGAUGACAUUCUAAACAUUUGCGAUGAUUACGACGUGACGUGCAAUGAAUUCUUUUUCGACCGCAACCCGGGGGCGUUUAGGACAAUCCUGACAUUUUUGCGGGUUGGGAAGCUUCGGCUCAUGCGAGAGAUGUGCGCUCUUUCUUUCCAAGAGGAGCUGCUCUACUGGGGCAUUGAGGAGGACAGUCUGGAAUGGUGCUGCAAGAGGAGGUAUCUGCAAAAAAUGGAGGAGUUUACAGAAAUGAACGAAAGGGAGGACGAUGACCUCAUAGAGAAUGAAAACCCAGGCGAAACAGUGGAGGAGACAAGAGCCAGCUUGUGCAUGAAAAAGUUACAAGACAUGGUGGAGAGGCCUCAGUCUGGGCUUCCUGGGAAAGUAUUUGCAUGUUUGUCUGUAUUGUUUGUGACCAUUACUGCAGUGAACCUAUCCAUCAGCACCAUGCCCGACUUAAGAGAGGAGGAGGAGAGAGGUGAAUGCUCCCAGAUGUGCUACAAUAUUUUCAUCGUGGAGUCUGUCUGUGUGGCGUGGUUUUCCUUGGAAUUCCUGUUGAGAUUCAUUCAGGCAAAGAGCAAGUUUGUAUUUCUGAGGAGACCAUUAACUCUGAUUGACAUUAUUGCCAUUCUGCCCUAUUAUAUCACUUUACUAGUAGAUACCACUUCGGUGGGCUUUAAAAAGCCAACCUCUGGCAACAUCUAUCUGGACAAAGUAGGUCUGGUGCUCCGCAUACUCCGUGCCUUGAGGAUUCUAUAUGUCAUGCGGCUGGCCAGGCACUCCCUCGGCCUGCAGACUUUAGGACUCACCGCUCGCAGGUGUACCCGGGAGUUUGGACUCUUGCUGCUCUUCCUCUGCGUAGCCAUUGCACUUUUUGCGCCGCUCUUGUAUGUCAUUGAGAAUGAGAUGGCGGACUCACAGGAGUUUACCAGCAUCCCUGCGUGCUACUGGUGGGCAGUAAUCACCAUGACAACAGUAGGCUAUGGCGACAUGGUUCCCAGAAGCAUUCCAGGCCAGGUGGUGGCUUUAAGCAGCAUUCUGAGUGGCAUUCUCCUCAUGGCAUUUCCAGUCACCUCCAUCUUCCACACGUUUUCACGCUCCUACAUUGAGCUGAAGCAAGAGCAGGAAAGAAUCAUGUUCAGGAAGGCACAAUUCUUAUUAAAAACUAAGUCUCAGCUAAGUAAUGCAUCACAAAGGAGUGACAUUUUAUUUCCCAGUAUCUCUUCUGAGACUAGGGACAAUGACUGAAAUUUAAGUUGCCAUGACUAUCUGAUAUUGGGCAAAGUUAUGCAGUCAGAUAUCCCAUCUUACCAUUUGCUUUGGAAGCAUUUAAAGAAAUCUUUAUACAAAUAGCAAGAAAGGGGUUUUUAGCAAUCAAGCUGAUGUGGUUUUAAAAGCCUAUUAUUAAAGGCUUUUUUUUUUUCAACAAAAUGUACAGUUAAGACGGUUUUUCCCCAUGAGCUCCUGCAGUGGGAUAUUAGGAAUUUGAGUUCUCUGACUGAAAUGAGAACAAUGUAAAAUUACAUACUUGACACAGGCUGUGUUGUAUUUGUAAUAUAAAGUGAUGUACCAUUUUCCAACCAAGACAUUAUGUAGGUAUUAAUUUUGAUCAUUAAAUAAGUUCUUUAUUUUCUUCAUGUAUAUAAAUACUAUAAAGAUAACAAGUUCAAGUCUAAAUUCA